GGAAAAACAGUUCCGGUAACAUUCUGCAAAUGACCACAACACCAACGUUAAGUCACAAUUUUAAUUAUAUCCAAUUAUUUAGGAAGUUAGUAAAAAAAAACAAACUUCCUUAUCAUACCUAAUAAAUAGUUAUUUAACAAACAUUUUAUUCUCAUACUUUACUUGUCUAAAAAACGAAUAGAAUUAGCCAUUUAAAUAUUUUUUUAAAAAAAGUAUCAUAUUAAAUAGUUCAAAUGGUUCGAAUCUGUUUCCGUGCACUAGUGCUUGCAAAUGGUUUUGCCUAUACUCGAUACAUAUUUUGCGUAAAAAAAAAUGUUCCUUGUUCAUCGGAGUUCCUGGAAGAAUCGAUAAAUUUAGAGAUUUUAUAAACCCUCAUUAUAUUAUGUGUUUUAGAAAAACGUAGAUCAUAGAUGAUCAUUAAGCGAGCAUGCUCAUUCAUUCUGGGUAUAUUCUGUGGUAUCUUUACAUCUUUACUGUGUGUUGCUGUCAGUUUGCAGUGGCACAAUCUUAUGUUAAUGUAGCGCUCAACAAACCAGCAUACCAAAAGUCCCCUUACAUAUCGAAAAACGGCACAGACGACAAAUUCCACGCCAGAAACGCUGUUGAUGGUCGAAGAUCAGACCUGAGUUGGGAUGGUGGUCAGUGUUCAUUUUCAAAUGGCAAUCAAACCGCCACCUGGUGGGUGAACCUAACAAGUGUUCACAGCAUUCAUCACAUCACCAUCUAUUUUAUGACAGAUAAUAGAACAUGGGGUUCUUCAAAUACCUUCACAAACCAUUUUCUGGGAUUCUCUGUGUAUGUGUCUAAUACAACAGAUAGAUUGCAGGGGAUCUUAUGCUUUAAGGACACUAGCUUUACGGAAGAUACAAUACCUUCUGUGUUCACCACAACCUGCCCUGUGUAUGGACAAUAUGUCAUUUACUACAACGACAUACUGUUAGAAGGCAGUAAUUCACGUCUUGCUUACAGCGAUUUGUGUGAGGUUGAGGUAUAUGUUUGCAGGAAAACUUUCUAUGGAAUCAAUUGCACACAAAAAUGUGAUGAAAGUUGCGUUAAUCAAAUCUGUCAUCCGGAAACUGGAAAAUGUAUUUCCUACCGAACGCAAAUGGUUCCAUUAUCCGUUGGAAUAACUACGGUUGCCGUUCUUCUAAGCAUUGGUUUUGUCGUCUUAAUGCUCUUUAGAAGUGACAAAUGUAGGAACAACAAGCACGGAGUAAUUGAUUUGACAAACAGUACUCUUAGAUACACCUCUUCAAACACAAUGCUGAAUUUAUCCACAUUUGAUAAAAAUAAGGAAACUGAAGAUCACGAAGAUUUAUCCGAAUUGAUAAACACACCACAUAGUAAACUUCAAAAUCAGCCGGAUAUGUUGAGAGAGAAUAAAAAAUUAACAUGUAGCGAUGUUGAUAUAAAUGGGUAUAUCAUAAUGCACGAAAACCAAUUGGAUCGAAAAGAAACUACUUUAGAAAACAGAUUAGAAAACAUGAUUAAAGAAAAAUCGGAAAACGAAGACGAUGGUUUUAAAAAAGAAUAUCAUACCUUGUUGUGCGGACCAAGAUAUCCGUGUGAGAUAGGAAAACGCCCGGAAAAUAUCAAGAAGAACAGAUUCAAAUCCACUGUUGCUUAUGAUCACUCAAGAGUUAUACUGGUUGCCAAAUGUCCAGACUACAUUAACGCUAAUUAUAUUGAUGGUGUUAGACAAGAGAAUGUGUACAUCGCAACGCAAGGCCCUCGAAAAAACACAGUAUCAGACUUUUGGUCCAUGCUUUGGCAAGAAAGGGUGAAGCAGGUCGUUAUGUUAACCAAUCUCAUGGAAGGAGCUAAGGAAAAGUGUUUUCAGUAUUGGCCAGAAUUAGAGGGAGACGCAAAGUUUGACAUAUUCAAAAUAAAAACCAUUGAUGAAAGGCAUUAUGCAUACUACGUCACACGGAAGCUGAAUGUUACACACACAACGAUAAAUGAGAAUAGAGUUGUCACCCAGUAUCAUUACACCGCCUGGCCGGAUCACGAUACACCCGAUCCGCUUUGUCUUUUAUUGUUCCAUAACCACGUGACGAGAACAAAAGUUGCCCGCCAUAAGGUUCCAACUUUAGUUCACUGCAGUGCUGGAAUAGGAAGAACAGGAACAUAUAUAGCAAUCGAUGCCUUACAGGAAGAAGGUCAAUGCAAAUCCAAAAUUAACAUUGCAGAAUACGUGAGGAAAAUGAGAGAAAAGAGAAUAAAUAUGGUCCAGACUUAUGAACAAUACAUGACAAUAUUUUUGACUUUAAACGAAAUGUUUAAAGCCCCAGUUGGCGUCCAAACAGCAAUCGAUUAUCAAAAGUCUUUACAAUUACCUAAACGUGAUCAUCAUGCGUUUGUCUCAAGAGUGAAAAAAGAGUUUCAGAAGCUUCUUUCAAUUCGACACUGUUACUCAGAAAACGAUUACAAAAUGGCACUAACUCCAGCAUCUAUGUCAAUUCGCGCUCUUGACCAAUAUGCUUUGUUCCUGACGUCAAGUGUUCCAGAACGUCAAAACUACAUCAAUGCCAUAUCCUUACCGUCUUUUAUCCAUUCGAACGCUUUUAUCAUCACCCAUUAUCAAACAACAGGACAUUCUGUAGACUUUAUACGACUUAUUACUGAUUACGAAUCCGAUAUAGUUGUCUGUAUGGAACCCCUCUGCAAUGUUGAAUUCGCAUAUGAAUGGCUACCUACGGCAACAAAACAUAGAACUUUGGCACCCUACACAAAUCAACUAUAUCAAGAACGUAUAACGGAAAUUAAACGCAGCGAAAUUGAGAUUGUCAAAGAAGAGUGUUCUGAUGGACCAUGGUCUAUUGAAAUAGUUGAGCCGAUGUUGACCCUCACAAAGGAUUAUUCCAAAACAGCUUCACAAAUUCUUAGUUUAGUGUCUUUUGUACAAAGUGUUAAAACCCACAACCCUAUCACCGUUGUCAGCAGAGAUGGGGCUGCUCUGUGUGGUGUUUUCUGUGCUGUAUACAGCCUGAUACAACAACUGACAAUGGACGAGGAGAUAGACGUGUUCUCUGUGGUCAGACUCCUACAGACUAGACGUCCUGAACUGUGCUCAACCUUGGAAGAAUAUGCUAUGAUACAUGACGCCCUGAUGACAUACAUAGAGUCAAAUACUAGCGGAAAUACCUACUACAAUAGUGAACGUUGGACUGGUGUGAUUAGAUAGGCUAAAUGCAAGUGACGGCACAUGUUUUAAACCGCAUAUACAAAGUGUGUUUAGAAUUCACAACAAGCGGAGAAACUCUUGGAACACGUAGUUCAGACGUACCAGUACGACCUACGGUCCUGCAUAAAAAAGUCUUGCAUGUGAAAAAUGAUUCAUCAUUAUUAACUAUAGUGUGGAAUCAUUUAAUUUCGCGAGGGGUCAAUUUCCGUAGAUUGUGAGAUUUUCCUUAUUCGUGGGGAUGUAAUUUCGUAGAUGCGUCAGUUUUCAGUUUCAGUAGAAAAACUAAUUCUUCUAAAAUUAGUUCUUUGUGGAGGAUGUAAAUUUGUGGGUGAGGGCUACCCACGAAUCUCACGAAAAUUGAGCCACCUCGAAUUCUAACGAUUCCACAGUAACUAUGAAAUAUGAUAUAAAUUAAACGUCUUUAUUUUUCCCAUUAAAAUCUUUGUAUGCACAUAAACAUUAUAUAUGUAUGUAAUUAAAGGCACUGACAUGACUCAGUAUCAAUCUGUCAUCAAGCUGUAAUAAAAAACGAAAUAUAACUGUUAGCAGUUUUAUCAGGAAA